UAUACUAGAAGAAACACACACACACACACAGACACUCCUCCAUGAGCUCCACGGCAGUUUCAUCACAGGCCCUUCGGCUCGCUGCGCACCGCGCCCGGACGCUGCCGGCGGCUCGGACCGGUGCGGAGCUCCGAGCCUUUGCGGACGCGGCGCAAAGAAGAAACCUGAACGUUCACGCCACGACUGCGGCUGGGAAGCUGAAGACCAUCGAUGAUUUACCCGGACCCAGUUUGUCCACCAAUCUGUACUGGUUGUUUGUCAAAGGAUAUGCAGACAAGAGCCACUUACUGCAGGGUCUGCAGAAGAGUAUCUAUGGGCCCAUCUGGCGCACCAAGUUCGGCCCGAUGGACAUCGUCAAUGUGGCGACGCCAGAGCUCAUCGCUGAGGUAAUCCGACAGGAGGGCCGAUACCCGGUCCGAGCAAUGGUGCCUCACUGGAAGGAGCACCGGGACAUGAGAGGAUACGCCUACGGUCUGCAUGUGGACACAGGACCUGAGUGGUACAGACUCCGCAGUGUCCUGAACCCCAAGAUGCUGAAGUUACAGGAGGUGUCAGCCUACGCCCCCAUCAUCCAUGAGGUGGUUGGAGAUCUGCUGCAACGCAUCAAGCUUCUCCGAAGUCGUAGCCAGGACCAGGUCACAGUUUCAGAUAUCACUUCUGAGUUCUACAAGUUCGGCUUUGAAGGUAUCUCCUCCAUCUUAUUUGAGACCAGGUUGGGCUGCCUGCAAGAGGAGAUUCCCAAAGACACGCUGCGCUUCAUCAGCGCAACCAACGACAUGCUGACGCUUUCCAUGACUGUGCCCCUCUUCCCUCGCUGGACCCGCAACAUCCUCCCUUUCUGGAAACGCUUCAUUCAGGCCUGGGAUGACCUCUAUGACGUGGCCAAGAUCCUCAUUGACAGGAGAAUGGCUCAAAUUGAAGCUCAGGUGUCCAGAGGUGAGCCGGUAGAAGGGAUGUACCUGACCUACCUGCUGUCUUCUGAGCUGAGCAGAGCCGAGGUCUACAUCACCGUCACGGAGCUGCUGCUGGGAGGAGUUGACACGACCUCCAACACCCUGUCGUGGGCGUUGUACCAUCUAGCGAGGGACCCCAAGGCUCAGGAACGACUGUACAACGAGGUCAACUCUGUUUGUCCGGACAGACGAGAGCCAACCACAGACAACCUGAGCAAGAUGCCGUACAUGAAAGCGGUUAUAAAAGAGACGUUACGCCUUUACCCCGUCGUACCCGGAAAUGGGCGCUUUGUUUCAGAAAGUGAGGUAGUUGUGGCCAACUACUGGUUCCCAAAAAAGACUCAGUUCCAUCUGUGUCAUUACACAACCUAUCAUGAUGAGGCUGAGUUUGUAGACGCAGAGCUCUUCAUCCCGGAGCGCUGGAUCCGUACCAGGGAGCCCGGCAGCAUCUGCGGCAGGCCGUCGAAUACCAGCUACUACCGGCAUCACCCGUACAGCUUCAUCCCCUUCGGUGUCGGGGUGCGGGCCUGUGUUGGGAAGAGGUUGGCGGAGAUGGAGCUGUACUUUGCUCUGUCCAGGUUAAUCCAGCACUACGAGGUCCAGCAUGAAGAAGGCGCACCGGUCAUCGAGCCUAAAACACGAACCCUGCUCAUCCCCGCAAAGCCCAUCAACCUGCGCUUCCUGUCCCGGGACUGAUGACGGCGCCGGGACUCAAGUUUAACACUUUGCACAGGCUCCACAGACAUUACUCAUUUGCAAGCGUCUGCACAGUUGGAGAAUAAUGGGAUAAAUUACUAAUUUAAGGGGAAAUCUGGUGUGUCAUCUUUACCCAGAACUCCAUCUUUCUUACCAGGGUCACUAUUUUCCUGAUUUGGGAAGUGAUUUGAAUUACACCCAUUUCCCUUUAAGUAUGUUCCGCACAUGAUAUACUGAUCAUUGUGAAUGACAUGUAAUCCUUCCUCCUUCCCUCCUGGGUUAUAUGAGAUCACUUAAUAUAUUAACACCUUAGCAGUGCUAAUAUUGACUUGGCACUCACGGACACUUUACUUGCCAAGUUAUUCAAGUUUAUUUUAUCUUUAAAUAAGCUGGUGAGUUAGGAGCUGACGUGACACACUAGAUGAUGACCUGAUGAUGACCUCGAAGACAGUUUAUGUUGUAACAGCUCUCAUUUUGUUGAAUUUAUUCACCUUUUAAACGUAAAAUUCAAGUUCUAAGGAGGUUGGAGGAGGCAGGGAAGGAAACAAAAAGACUGUGAAGGAAUGAAGGACGGAGGAAGGGAAGGAAAGGAGGUUUUCAGGCUUAAUAUCUCGACUUUAAAGAGUCUUCAUAGCGUUUGUGUUCUUAGCCGAUUGAAUGUGACUUGUAGAAAAAUAUAUAAGAGUUUAACAGUGGUUUAAAAUAAGUUUUUACUGUUCCUACGUUAGUCUGUAAUAUCCCUGAAACAUUAUCUCUCAUACUCAGAAGUUUAUUGUAAUAAAUCUUCACUAAAUAUUCUCACAGAGUAUCAUUAGUAUUCCUUCAUGUGUAGUUUUGUAAGAAACAAAUCUUAGAAAAUGUAUUUCAACACUUAACGAUGCUCUUGGUCCUUGUUAAACGCUGUUCAGUGUGCUUCUGUGUGGCCUCGUUUCUUAACCAAAUAAAGAGAUGUUGUAACGGA